UGAAACAGCACAGCUGGGGUUCACAGUCUUGGAGAUUGAGUGCUUCUGCUAGAUGAAGAUCAGAUCGCUGUUGUAGUUGGUGAUCAAAAUCAGCUUGCAAUCUAGAGAUACACAAACUCGACAAAUAAUGAACCAGGCAGUAAGACUGUUUGGAUUUUUGCUGUUGUUUUCGUCUGCAACUUGGGCUGAAGAGAUCCAUACCACAAAACUCUUCAUCAUGACCGUAGGACCAUGGGUUUUUGACUGGACGGACUCAAAAGGUGGUGGUCACUCUCCAAACCAGUUCUCCUAUCGCCCUUCACUACUCAAUGCACCUGAUCUUCCUUCAUGGAUGUACUACACAUACAGCGAACGUCAUGGCAGGGGGUUUGUAUAUGGUGCAGCUCCACCCCACCAGAAAGAUCUCCAGAUUGAAGUGAUUGGGCUCAACAAGAAGAACUACGAAGCUCGCCGACGAGUUAUCAAAAUGAACGUUGUGGAGAAAGCAGAGCCAGCUCUGUACGAGGUGCACUUGAAAGUGGACAAGCUGAAUGUGGAAGACAUGUUAGACUCUGACCGUUACAACCGUCUGCUGGAUGUGUUCCGUCGUUCCCUUUGGCCAGAGAGUCAGUCCGAUCUGUACAUAACAUUCCUUGCUUCAGCCGUGCAGCUGGGAGCUAGGCUGCCUCUGAACCCUUUUGAGGGUGAGGGAAUAGUGAUGCACAUCGGUAGUCGAGCUCCAUUCUCCAAGACUCUGGAAGAUCUCCAGCUGGAAGUCCUUCCCCUUCGUAGCAAAGGCCAGACCAAUUGUCCUGACUUCAAGCACACCUCCGUUGAGCGUUUCUUCAAGCAGUACAACUUCUCUCUUGAUUGGUGUGCCUUCCGACUGGUCAAUGUUACUUCACAGAUCGAAGAUGUUCUGGAAGAUUUCUCUGCUGAAUACAACCCCACAUGGCUAAACCAGAAGAACGCCAUUUCUGUCAGCAAACAGGAGCUGCCAAACCGACACUACAUGUCAGAACUUGCUCUCACACUUGUAGUACCUUUGUUGUGUCUGGCUGUACUGGUAAUACUGCUCACAUUCAUUCUAUGCUUCCAACAAGACACUGCGAAUGACAAGCCUCCAUUUGCCAUCAUAGACUCUCUCUUUGUUGCUUUUGAAGGCAUGGUGAGGAAACGUAAUGACGACACUCCACAGUCCCAGCUGGUGCAGUACGAGGCUGUACAACGAGCUAGCAACACUCUCCGCUCAUUGUCCACUCAGAGGGAUGGGGAAGACUCGAGUCCCAGAGUAUCAAUGGAGAGAAGUGGACUACGCCCCAAUCCUCCUCCAUACUCUGGCAUCCACCACACGACAAGAGAUGAAUUUUUCGAUGAUGAUGACACGAAGACCUGGUAUUGCUAAGCUGUGAUUAUUGGAAAUGAUGAGUCAGUACUCCAAUACUUUAAACCUUUUUUGUUUGAGUUCAAAGAAAAAUCUAAAUCCAUCUACAGCGAGGCGUGACUUGUGGAAAAUUCUGUCAUAUUCUGUAGGUUGCUAAUUCGUCAUCUGUGCAACUGAGGUUACAGUUGGGUUAUCAGGAUUAUAUGAAUUUUAUCAAAUAAAGACAGUAUCAACCACAACAUUGUUAUAGGCUAUUUAAAAUUUUAACUUGUACUGUUUGAACAAGCUCUUAAAACUACAGUAUCAUAUUCUGUAGUAUAUGUUUGAUUGACAGAUAUCCGAAAAUAACAUAAUGGGUUUGAAUAAUUGCAGAAAAAUCAGAAUGUGUGUUGUAUAGAACUGACUCCAUUCUAGCAGGAAACUUGGGAAUCGUGGAUGGCUGAUUUUGUAGUGUAUCGAUGAUUGCUGCAACAGAGAUCUCUGUUGACAAUGAAACACUUUGUUGAUAAUUUAUAAUUAUCUAUCUAUAAAACUUUUUAUUAAUUCAGACAGGAUUUUAAAAUAUAAUUUCAGAUAUUGUUUUGUUGUCUACCCAUUGUAAAGUGACUUUAUAACAAUAGAUGUUUUUAAAUGAAAUGUUUCUGGGAAGAUAUUAACUAAAUUGUACACAGGUAACUUAGAAACAUUGUUAUUUCUUGUUGUAAAAAACUAUGUUUUACAUACAACUUAUGGAUUAUGGCAAUAAAAAAAUCAUUAUAAAUAAUAAAAUGUUUUAUGCGUUAUAUGUGCGAAAAAAGAAUGUAAAAAAUCAAUAAUUUGUGUAAUGUAAAAAGUGUGGGUUACACCUUUGAAUAAAUGUUAGUCCUCAUGUGAGCUGCCAAGUGUGGAGCUCUCUGUGGCAAGCACAUGUCACUAUUGCUGAAACUUAGAGAUAUACAGAUCAACUGUAAAUCUGGCUGUAUGACUGUGGUUUCAGUUUCCCAGGUACUGUGGGGUUAGAACUAGUGUCAAGACGCAGCUUGUUUUAAAAGUUCUGGUGCGUCAUUAAUUUACAUAACUUCAUUUCAGAAAACCUUCAUAUCAGUGUAUGCACGAAACUUCCUACUCUAUAUACUACACAAUAUGAACUUCACCAUAGCAUGGUGGUAAGGCUGCGGCUCUCUAACUGAAAGUUCACGGGUUCAAUUUUCUGUAAGAUCAAUGAAUAUUUGUAAGUGGGUUUGGACCGUUUCCCCUUAAAAACUUUUAGUAUCUUCAAUUGAAAUGUAACUAGUGUAGAAAAAAACCCCUACAAAAAGAAAAAUUGAGACUUAUAAUUUCAUUGUAUGUAACACUGACUUAUUGACGUUUUCAUUUUAAUGGUUGUCAGAUUUCACUUUCUGUAAAAUAUAAAUCAUUACUACAUUUGAUACUUACUUGACAUUUUUAUUUUCAUCAUUAGAUAUUUAAAUGCAGUCCUCCUAUUAGAUUCAUCAAUAAAUAUGUAUUUGAAUGUGAUUUAAUGCAUUAUUCCGUUAAAUAUUUAUAUUGAAUAUUCAUACAUACAUAUCUCCAUUGUGCAAUGGGGUUUGUUCAUUAAUUUGCUUACCUACAGUUUUAACUUUUUGUUUUUAGUUCUAUAAGUAAUCAAGUCAUUAUGUUAUGUGAAAAUAUAGUACAGUAGACUAGUUAUGAUAGAUUUUUCACUUAAUUCGUUGUGAAUUGUUUAUGUGUAUGUUUAAUGUGUAUUAUUAAAAGUAAUGUAUUAGGCCUAAAAAUAUAAAUAAGAUUUGAUAAGUCUGUUCAGAAUUUAAAACUGAAACUCUGUUAUUUAGUAAAAUAAGCAGUAAGUAGUUACCAUGUGGUUAAAUAUUUAGAAAAACAAUUUAGCCAUUGCACAAGGUAGUAGUAAGCCACACCAUGUGUUGCAUUAUAGACUUAUCUUGCCAAAU